CCCCCCCUCCUCUUUCAGUCUUUACUAGUCAAUGCGUAACGCUAUAACCUCCGUACUGUAACCGCGGUGGACGUGCCUUUGUGCCGACCCUGAUGGCCUCAUAGCGGCCGGUCAACUCACCCACCCUACGGGCGUAUACCGCCGCUCGCCUCGCCGUCCUGAUGCGCCCGGGACUCGCCGGAGUAGCCGCAGAGAUGCUGAGCGGUGCCGUCUGCCGGGCCAGGCCGAGGCUGGGCAGCCUCUUGCUCGCGCCCGUCACCACCGCCACAACCACCACAAUGGCACCAUCACCUCUACCAGCGAUGUCAAACAUGAGCGGACGCCGACUGAGGUCCACGUCGUCCCUGCAGGGCUUCUCCGAGCUGGCCAGAGAACGGUCCAAGACCGUGACAUCGUUUUACAACCAGUCAGCCAUUGACGCCUCAGCGGAGAAGCCCUCAGUGCGGCUCACCCUGGCGACCCUGCUGUAUUCUGGCAAGUCUCCGGACGGACAUCACAUCCUGAGCAGUGCCAAGUACCUCCAUAAGGAGCUCCCUGUGCGCAUCGCCCAUCGUAUCAAAGGCUUCCGCAGCCUGCCCUUCAUCAUCGGCUGCAACCCCACCAUCCUGCAAGUGCACGAACUCUACAUCAGAGCCUACCACAUGCUCAGCGACUUUCCCCCUAUCCAGGAUCAGGAUGCGGAGUCUCGUUUCUGCAAGCUGGUGCAGCAACUUCUGGACGACCACAAGGACGUGGUCACCAUGCUGGCGCAGGGCUUCAGGGAGUGUCGCAGGCACAUCCAAGACGAGACCAUCAUCCGAAACUUCCUGGACACCACGCUGUGCUCUCGCCUGGGAAUACGAAUGUUGGCCACGCACCACCUCGCCCUCCACGAAGACAACGCAGACUUUGUGGGCAUCAUAUGCAGACGCCUGUCGCCCAAAAAGAUCAUUGAGAAGUGGGUGGACUUUGCCAGGCGUCUUUGCGAGCACCAGUACGGCAACUCGCCCCGAGUUCGCAUCAAUGGCCACGUGGCGGCGCGCUUCCCCUUCAUCCCCCUGCCGCUCGACUACAUACUGCCCGAGCUGCUCAAGAACGCCAUGAGGGCCACCAUGGAGAGCCAUCUGGACACGCCCUACAACGUGCCCGACGUGGUCGUCACCAUUGCCAACAACGAUAUUGAUUUUGUCAUCAGGAUUUCGGACCGGGGCGGCGGCAUCCCUCACAGGAUAAUCGACAAAGUGAUGGACUACCACUUCAGCACGGCUGAGGAGAGCGCGCAGGACCCCCGCAUGAACAACCUCUUCAACAACAUCACCAACAGCGGCAACCAGUCUGGGCCCAUGCACGGGUUUGGCUUUGGCCUGCCAACGUCGCGGGCAUACGCAGAAUAUCUAGGCGGCUCUGUGUCCAUUCAGUCCAUGCAGGGCAUCGGCACAGACGUCUACCUGCGUUUGCGCCACAUCGACGGCAAAGGCGAAAGCUUCCGAGUGUAACUUUGCGCGCCUCUUUAAUUUCCACAAUUCUCGUCUCCUUUCUUUGCCUUAGAUGGAUUAUAAGCUAUGUUAGCUCUCAAGUUGAGGACUUUAUUUUUUGUUGGUAAACCUCUGGCAUGGAUGCAAUUUUGUUACAAAAGGGUGAAAAAGGUUACUUCACAUGAAGGCACUCCAGCAGUAAGACAAGAGUUUGCGACGAAGGAUGGAAAAUGAGUUGCCAAAAAGCGCCACACGCUCGCUAAUGUUUUCAGCCUUAUUUACUCGUCACAUUCUUCUUGCUGCCUUCAAUAAACUACACGCUCCUUGGUUCUUCUGUCACUUUAGCGUAGCGCCUGUAUACACUAAUAACGUACCACAGAAGUAUUGUUCUCUUUUUUGUUAGUCCUUCAAGCUGAGUUUGAAGUUUUGUUUGCUUUUUUUUGUACAAAAAUGCAUCCGCCAGGCUAGUUGCGACAAGCUAGCUGGUUACGGACUCCAGUUGUAGCAAAGCAAUGGAUGCGUACAAGGCGUUUUUUUUUUUGUAACUUAACAUAUUACGGUAUCUUAACCGCUUUUUUUUAAACUCCUAAAACAGAUUAUUUCAUUCGUUCGCUGCUUAAACGCCAUGUUAUUAAGUGUCUCACUUUUUACGGCAAAGACGACUUUAAAAUGGUGGAGUUUGUACAUGUCAAAGUGUGUAAAUAUGUAGUUGGUGCAUGUCAAGCUGGAAAGUGAAUACCUCAAAGCUGCCGUUGAAGAAAGCAGGAGCGCCCUCCGCUGGUUAAAAAAUAAAUACCAGCUGACUGAAAAAAAAAGCUGCAUCUGUUUAGUUUUUGAAGGUUUGUCUUCCAUUUUUGUGGUAUGUUUCACGUAGACUUCAGUAUACAGAAAUAAAUCAUUCUCCAGCAAAAAAAAAAUAAAUGAAAAAAAUGAUUGACCUCCGUUGUGUUGACCACAUUCAAGUUGACUUGACUGAUCACUGUCAUAAUUUAAAACACUUGACGACAUUGGAACAUGCAUGCAAUACCAUAAAGGUUACAAUGGUUAAAGGUUAGUUGAAUGCAACUUUUAAUAAAAGUACACUGUAAAAUAAACUGGAAACAAUAUAUAUUAUACAAAAAUAAAAAGUAUACAUUGUAGGUAAAAUAGCAAGAUACAUAAAAUGUAGGACGAACCACAAAAAUACAUAAGACCACAGAAAAUGAAUAUUCUGGUUUAUUUUAUAAAUGUUUUUGCUUCCACCUCACUUUGGUUAGAGGCUAUUUGACGUAAAGAGCAUGGAUAAAUUACAUUAAAUGUAUAAGUUGUAGAGUAAAACAAAAAUACAUUAAAGUUGAUAAAAAUA